UGUAGACGCGUGUGUGUGUGUGUGACAACCACACAUGUCUAAGGCGGGGUGUCAUAGCACCCUGCAGCAAGGAUGGCACGCAAAUCAGGGCAUGAAGAUGCAUGUCAUUACGUACAUGUUCCUUGACUUGAAUGGCUCGAGGACGCCAAGAGGAAAGCCUUGAAUGGUUGGGAAAAAGAGAACAUGAAAACACGGCCAACGCGAUGAGGAAAAGUACGAACUGUUUGGCAGAGUAGUUCACGCAUAGACUGUAUCACCUUUGAAGUCUUCUUUCCGCCAAGGAAAACGCAACAUAUACCCUUAGCCAUUGAGAGCAUAGUGGGCUUAGCGAAGUCUGUGUAGUGCUUGCCUGUUUUUCACAGUGUCUAUCUGACUAUCUUGUUGUCAUGUCAGUAGCGUAAUCAAUUUUUCUUCAGGUCAAAAAUCGUUUCUCCACUUUCUGGCUUUGUGUGUGUGUCCAGGACGUCUAUUUGCAUUCCAGGCGGGCACUGAAGCGCCCGGAAGCAAAUCAUGCUGCUUUUUGAGUUGUGGGCGAAGGCAGAUGGGCGACGCUAAAGUGGGUGAGUUGGCAGCCUCCAAAGAUCAUGAUACUUGCAAAGCAGCAUGCAGCACCAAAGCAGUUUUGUUGAGUUUCUUAGUUUUUGCUUUGCAACCUACUCUGUUUUGCCCCACGACCUUCCAUUUAGUGCCAAGAUCUCCUUCACCAUCGUCCGAAAUGGCAAGGGUGAGCCUCAGGCACGAAAUGUUAUGCGAGCUGAAGAAGCCAUGGCACUGAAGGCCAAGAUUCAAAAGCGUGAGCGUCGCGAGCAAGAACAAAAGCGCCAAAAGCACCAAGUGCUGGAGAAGGUCGUGGUCUCCGAGCGGGCGACCGUCAUGUCAGAAGAGGAGGCCAAGCGCUUUCAAGAGGCUUUGAAGAAGAAGCGCCUUUGACUUCAAUUUCGGAUUAAAAAGAGAACGAGAUAUGCAAUUUUUGGGAAAGUUACAGGUUGCAAAUAGAUUGCAACUCUGCUGGUGAUAUGGCUGAGCUGGAUAUCGGAGCUGCAUAGCGAAUUCUCAGCGGAUGUUUGUUUGAGCGCGUUAUUAUGUAUUUUGUAGUUUCCCAAACCACACCACGACGGGUCCGUCAAAACACCGUUCAAAGCAAAUAUAAAACAACGCAUGCGUGUGUUCACUUGCUU